UCCAUCUCCUAGAUCGAAGGAAAUAACAACGCAUGGUCUCGGCAAGCGAGCGGCGAUGCGGCAUCGCCGGGGGCGCGGCGCUGGAGCGUGCGGGGGCGAGCAUGACACUAGAGCGGCGGCAUGCUGUACUUCGGUGGCUGUGUUGACAUGAGAAUUGAGUCACAGGCAACCCAUUAGCUGUCCAUGUCUAUGCAGUUAACAUGUUUGAGGAAAUGCCUGUGAAAGACACAGUUGUGGAUUCGUUAGUUUUCUUGUGCGUGCUCCUGUUGAUUCACCUUUAGACACAAUUAGCUAGCUUUGAUGCAUGGGCACCUUCUCAUGGCUGCGGACCUGGACAGAAGCGAGCGGCGCCUUGACCAGGGACGCCGCGGCGAGGGUGGCUGCGGUGACCCGGCACGCUGGAUGCGCUGUGGGCAAUGAUCAAGGCUGGUGCAGCACAGGAGCAUGAGAUAUCUUUGUUGAAUCCCAGUGAUGUUGUGUUUUCAUUCAUUGGGAAAAUGGGACCAAGAAAAGUUAUGGAUACUAUGCUAGCGAAUUGAUUAAUAGUGCAUAUAUCUUUGUUGUCCGGUCACAUAUGAUUCUACCAUCCAACCAAGGAUUUCAUGGUUUAUUAUAAGGAUGCUUUAGAUUCUUCUAAAAUUGCUGCAAUAAGCUGUACUGCCAUUUUUUUAGGAAAUUGACGUUGCCAUACUUUCCUAUGCAGAGAUAAUCACUAUUUUUCUCUCUUUGGAUCCUCUUAAGGAAUGAUGGUAUGUCUGAUUGUCUGGGUAAUUUGAAGCAUCAGCUUCAGAGAAAGCUUGCUACUGUCUAAUCAUCAGGUAAUUCUUUUAGCUAAAUGCCAACAUGUGACCUCAAUUUAUUCAGUACUGUGCUAUGUCAUGGAAGUAAAAGGUGAAACUAAUUUUCAUUUUCCUGUAAAACUAAAUGAUUGAGCGGUAUCUUGAAAACUAAAUGGCUGUCCAACCUACAUAAAUUUGAAGCCUCAUUAAUCUGAGUGGUACUAAUGGCAAAGGACUAGCAAAGCAUAACUAAUUUGAAGCUACAAUUGAGUAUUUUACUUACAGACUCACCACUUGCAUUCAUAAAAGUCUGGAUUGGCAAGCAUUACAGGGACAUCACCAAUAGGCCUAAAUAGAAAGAAAGAUUGUAUUUUCAAAAACAGGUAAGCGUACUUUGAUUCCACACUGAUACAAAUUUAAUAAAAAAUGUCCUUCCAUAGGUUUUGUUUGGCUGCAUGUAAUUGGGAAAAUCCAAAUAAAGUGGCUAGCUGGUACUUCUUAUAAUGCAGCAACUCAGAACAUUGGGUACAUGCAAAAUAUAAUUCUGAAUAUUGGCUACAGAAAAAUAAGAAUAGAGAAACUUCAGAAAGCGGGUUCACAUUCAUUUUACUUAAAAGCACCAGAAAAUGCAGUACAGCACUUCAUUUUACUGCUUAAUAGGAAAGACCAAUGGCACAGACUCUACUACCCAAUUCACAGUAUGCUCUACUAAAAGUCUGAAUCCUGGUUCAGACCCUAUAUCAUCGUACAAGUGUUUACCAAAAGGUGCAAAAGCAAUAACAUUGCCUAUAUCAUCAGUGUUUAUUCUGUUUCUGAAGCUCUUCCAGUACCCCCACGGCCUCGAAUUUGUCGCCGCCGGCACUGCAAAUACAGAACGGCAGGCUUUAUUUUCAUGCAAUUCUGGGGUUCUAAAUAUCAAUUUUGUUACAAGCCAGUAGAACUUGCUGGUGGAUAUUGCAGGUCCUAUAUAGCAUAGUUCUGUAGAUAUCAGUCUGGCUUAGGAAUUUUGAUUUGCAUCUCUUUCAGGAGAGUGAUCUGUAUCUCCUAUGUGUUCAUUUCUUCUAUUAAUCAUAUAUAUUCUGUGCGCCUAUCAUUGUCACAAGGCUUGCUGCUUCGCUCGGUCACUGCUACCCUGACAGGUCCGACGCCCCGUCGUUACAACUUGUGAAACUGAAUGGAUCCUCUAAACAGUAAUACUAAAGACACGGGUGUAAUUGAAUAUGCCCGUCAUCGAAGAAGAGAACGGGACAGGGCCCGUGCUGCCUUGAUGACAGAUGAGCAAAAGGAGGAAAAGAACAGGAAGCGGCGUGAGGCAUAUAAGAGGAAAAAAUGUCAUGCGCACAACAAGGAGAAUGAUCCAGGCUCUGCUUUGCUCGAACAAGAAAGUGAUGGAAUUAUGCCUCCCUUGAGGUCAAAUGAUGAAAGCAUUCAAAGAAGCAAGAAGCACCUUGAAGCUAAUCAGAAGCUCAUACAAGGAAGUGAUAGAAUUCUUACUCCCUUGAGGUCAGAUGGUAAAAGAGUUGGAGAUCAUAAAAAGAAAUAUGAAACACAGAUAAAUGCUAUUGGAGCAGAUCAACAUGGUGCACCUAUCACCAGGGCUCCUGAUAUCAACGAACAUCUAGACGGCGGCCACCAUGUCACACCCACCACUAGCACUCCAAUAGUGACCGAGCAUCACACAACUCCAUCUUUCACCGAGCAAACGACAAAUUAUAUCCCAGUCGACAUGGAGAAUCAUAACCUCUCCGACCCCUGCACAAAUGUCACACCAGUACCUGGCUAUCAACAAUUGACCGCAUGUGUGGAUACACCGAGCGUGAGUGUUAAACCAUGCAAGAAAAAACCUAUAACCGAUCAACAACGGGCCCAUAUAAAUAAACGCCGUCGUGAAAUAUAUCAUGAGAAAAAACAGUCGACUGAUCGGUGUGACAUAGAACGAAAGGAAAGCAUAAAGCAACGGAGUAGAGAAGCAUACCAUGCAAAAAAAGGAGGCAAGCCGGAUGUCAGGUGAAAAAACUAAGCCUCCAAAGAAGACGUGCAGAACGUAGUAGUGCCUACAAGAAAAGACUGAGGUUAUCGAGAGAACAAUCUACACCCGGAAUCCAUCGCCAUGGAAAAUCCACAAUUCAUUUUCCCCACCCAAGGUCAAUCCAAAUUAACCAUGGAAGAUAUUGAUAUUGUUUUAAACAGACCGCCGCUCUUCGUUCUGUUUUCAUCAGAUCAAGGUUUAGGUAACAAAGAGAUUGAAGAACCCAUUGAAAUGCCAUCUGCACACCAAACCCGACGACAGCGUGUUCCUCCAGGGGAGAGACAAAAUCAUUUAGUCUGUCGCAAUCUCUUAUUUGAAGCCACAAUUGGAAGGAAGUACUUGGGUCCCCCCGAUGCCGCGAAUGAAAUCCCCGAUGUGGUGAAUGCUCCAACACAAUCGUCCGUCAUUAACACCGGAGCAACGGACCCAAAACAAGCGCAACACGCAAAUCCACAAACACAAGAAUCCGUUGUUGGUGCAUCAAUCGUUGAGGACGAAGUUGUUGAUGAUGAUGUUGUAUUUGAGGAGGAUGAGGAAGAGGACGAGGGUUAUCUAUUCGCGGGACAAGAACAAGAAGAUGAAGUCGAUGUGGAAAUCAACCUCGACGAUGAAGAUAACGGUGUGCUAGAUGUGUUGGACCCUUAUGACAAGGUCUAUGCUAAUGUGCCAGCUGAAACACAUAAGUUAGAGGCGGUGAAUAAUUGCGAACAGUGCAAUGCUAAGAAGGUUGAGUAUGAAACUCUAGGUUUUUGUUGUCGCAAUGGGCAGAUACGUUUAUCCACACCCGACACACCGCCUGAACUUAUGAGGCUGUGGACGGCUUCAGAUGCUGAUACAAGGCACUUCCGUUCUAACAUUAGAUUCUUCAAUGGCCAUUUUUCAUUUACAUCACUAUAUUGUAACCUUGACCGCAUGACCGCGAGCAUGCGUAAUGGAGGUGUGUAAACGUUUUGUGCCCAUGGUCAAAUUUACCACAAUGUACGCUCAUUUGGUAAAGAGGAGGGUACUAAACCAAGACAUCUUGAGUUGUAUUUCCAUGAUGAUGACCCUUUGCUGGAGCAUCGUUAUCGAAGAUGUCGAGAGGAAUGCCUAAGGAAAGAUAAGGAAGUCAUCGAUAGGUUGGUUGCGAUCAUGCGGGGCAACCCAUACUCUGAGCAUCUUAGGACAAUGGGUGCAGUUGAUGAUCUGGAGGAUUACCACGUAGAAUUGAAUCUUGGCCAACGGUUGGACCAGCGAACCUACAAUGUACCUAUCACAUCAAAAGUUGCUGCAGUUUGGAUAGAGGGUAGCGAGCAUCAUGGGCAGUUCGAGCAUAGUGUUGUACUCCAAGGGAAUGAUAGAUCUAUUCACGGCAUUCGGUCAUACCAUGGUCGUUAUGAUGCUCUGUCAUACCCACUAUUCUUCCCUAGGGGUGAGCUUGGGUGGCACAAUUGCAUCCCAAAGGUGGGAGUCACAACGGCGGAAGUAAAUAAAGCUCGUGAAGUCCGAAAGGCACGUGCGGGCGGCGAGGAUCUAGGUACAUUUUUGGAUGCAUAUUUUUAUUGUCUAAUUUAAUAAAUUUUUCUAUGAUUUAGUAAUUACAAUUACAUUCUCCAUUCGUGUAGGGAGUGCUGGAAAUUUAUGUGUAUCAGUGCGUGACUACUACUGCUACAAAUUUCAAAUGCGUCCUGGCAUUUUCAACCCAAUAUUUUUUGGCAAGCGACUUUUUCAAAAAUUUGCCGUUGAUACAUAUGUUAAGAUUGAAAGCUCUCGAUUAGAUUACAUCCGAAACAAUCAAGAUAGUCUCAGGGACGACCUGUACCAGGGUCUUGUUGAUAGUUUGCACGCUGGUGAGUGUCGAGGUGAUGCUGUUGGAAGAUGUACCAUUCUUUCUACGUCAUUCAUCGGAGGCCCUCGUGACAUGAGGCGCCGGUACAUGGAUGCAACGGCCCUGGUACGCAAGUACGGUAAACCACAUAUCUUCCUAACAAUGACCUGUAACCUAACGGGGAUGAGAUAAGGAAUGAACUGUACCCAGGCCAGUCCGCACAGGAUCGUCCAGAUCUUGUAACUCGUGUGUUCAGGGCAAAGUUAGAGGCUAUGAAAAUUAAGUUGCUGAAGAAGGAUAUACUUGGAAAGGUCCGGGCAUAUGUGUAUGUCGUGGAGUUUCAGAAGAGGGGUCUACCGCAUGCUCACUUCUUGCUCAUAAUGAAAAGGAAAUGGAAGCUCACAUGUCUGGAGCAGUACGACCGACUCAUAUCUGCUGAGCUGCCAAACAAGAAGAAAUAUCCAGAGCUGUACAUGAUGGUGACCAAGCAUAUGAUGCAUGGGCCGUGUGGUGUGCUAAACCCAAAUUGCCCAUAUACUAAGGGACGUUCUUCAUGUAAGAAUCAUUAUUCGCGUCCUUUCGCGGAGUCCACUUCGCAGGGUAAAGAUUCUUACCCUAUAUAUCGUCGCCGUGACAGCGGGUGUAAAGUGAAGGUUCGAGGUUCUGAGCUCGACAAUCGAUGGGUUGUCCCUUAUAACCCGCACCUACUGUGUGUGUUCAAUUGUCACAUAAAUAUUGAGGCAUACAACAGCAUUAAAUAGGCAAAGUAUUUAUUCAAGUAUGUAUACAAAGGUCAUGAUCGGGCUUCCAUAGCAGUUAGGGAGUCAGGCCAGGCUGACAAAGAAGGGAACAUAGAUGAGAUCAAGGCAUAUAGAGAUGCUCAAUGGGUGACCCCUCCAGAGGCGUUCUGGAGGAUAUAUGGUUUUGAUAUUAGUAAGAAUUAUUCGCCCGUACAACAACUUCAGCUGCAUCUUCCAGACAUGCACAUGGUGUCAUUUCACAAUCGUCAAAUGAUUCAACAUAUUGUUAAUAAACCAGGCGCCGAUGAAUCAAUGUUGACAGCUUAUUUUAAAGAAAACGGAGUGCACGAAUUUGCUCGCAACAUAUUGUACCGUUAUUUCCCAGAAUUUUUCACAUGGCAGUCUGAUGGUAAAUUUUGGCGCCCAAGGGAACAGGCUAACACUGGGUAAAUUGGGAGGAUCGUAUCAGCUCAUCCAGCUGAAGGUGAACGCUACUAUCUUCGGAUUCUCCUAAACCAUGUGGCUGGAGCAACUUCAUAUGAAGAUUUGAGAACCGUUGAUGGUGUAAUUCAGCCUUCUUUCCGUGAAGCUGCCGAGAAAAGAGGAUUGAUUGAGAAAGACAACUCACUUGAUGAGUGCCUUUCUGAAGCUGCCACGUAUCAGAUGCCAUCAUCACUACGAAGGCUUUUUGCAACAAUAUUGGUAUUUUGUGAACCGAGCAAUGUAUUCGCACUCUGGCAAAAACACCUAGACGCAAUGUCUGAGGAUUAUCGUCGCAACAAUCCAUCAGAUGCUAUCGUUGAGCAGAUGGUCCUAAUUGAUAUUAGAAACAUGCUACAAUCGAUGGGGAAGGAUAUAAAAUCAUUCCCUCUCCCUGACAUUGAUAACACUUACGAUGAUGCUUGUGGUGUUCCAUGGGAGAUAUUCGAGGAAUCAAAUAUAGAGAGCACCGAGGAUGAUGUGGCCUUAUCAGAGUCCCUUAAUCAUGAGCAGAGGGCUGCUUACGAUGAGAUCUUGUCAUCUAUUGAUUCCAAUGAUGGAGGGUUAUUUUUUGUGGAUGGCCCUGGUGGAACCGGAAAAACAUUCUUGUAUAGGGCUUUGCUUGCCAAAGUCCGCAGUCAGAACAAGAUUGCUAUUGCGACUGCUACAUCUGGGGUUGCUGCAUCCAUAAUGCCCGGUGGGAGAACAGCACAUUCACGUUUCAAGAUUCCACUUACCAUAGAUAGUGGUGGAUAUUGUAGCUUCACCAAACAAAGUGCUACAGCGACUCUGCUACGCACUUCUUCUUUGAUUAUUUGGGAUGAGGUUUCUAUGAUCAAGAAACAAGCAGUGGAGGCAUUGGACAAUAGCAUGCGUGAUAUAAUGGAUAGACCGGAUUUGCCUUUUGGUGGGAAGACUGUUGUGUUCGGGGGAGAUUUUAGGCAGGUCCUACCCGUUGUCAGGAAGGGGUCGAGGGCUCAGAUAGUGGAUGCUUCAUUACGUAGGUCAUACCUUUGGGAUUGCAUGUGUCACCUGAAGCUUGUGCGCAACAUGAGAGCGCAUAGUGACCCAUGGUUUGCUGAUUAUCUUUUGUGCAUUGGCAAUGGAAUAGAGGAGGCCAAUGUUGAUGGUGAAGUCCGUCUCCCAGAUGAAAUUUGCGUGCCAUAUACUGGAGAUGGCAAUGAUCUUGAUAGAUUAAUCCAUCUUCCCUAACCUUAAUGAGAUCAUGGCAGACAAGGACUACAUCACUUCUAGAGCUAUUUUGUCCACACGCAAUGAUUGGGUUGAUAGGAUUAAUAUGAAGAUGAUUGGAUCUUUCCAAGGUGGGGAGGUGGAGUAUCAUAGUUUUGAUUCUGCCAUCGAUGAUCCACACAAUUACUAUCCAUCAGAGUUUCUUAACACCCUUACACCUAAUGGAUUGCCUCCACAUGUGUUAAAGCUAAAGGUAGGUUGUCCAAUAAUAUUGCUUCGGAACAUUGAUCCUGCAAAUGGUUUAUGUAAUGGAACGAGGUUGGUUGUUCGUGGUUUUCAAAGAAAUACUAUCGAUGCUGAAAUCGUGUUGGGCCAGCAUGCUGGAAAACGAGUUUUCCUCUCUCGGAUACCCUUAUGCCCAUCUGACGACGAGAUGUUCCCAUUUCAAUUCAAAAGAAAACAGUUUUCUAUCCGGCUCAGUUUUGCCAUGACAGUCAACAAGUCACAAGGUCAGACUAUUCCUAACGUCGAUGUUUACCUCCCUGACCCCGUGUUCCCGCAUGGGCAGUUGUAUGUUGCAAUGUCAAGGGCAACUGCUAGAACAAACAUCAAGAUUUUGGCACUUCCACCUAAUGCCACUGAGCUCGAGGAAAAAGCUAAA